AUGACAGAAAGGAACCAAACUGUUGUCUCAGAUUUCCUCCUUCUGGGUCUGCCCAUUGAUCCAGAUCAGCGAGACCUGUUCUAUGCCCUGUUUCUGACCAUGUAUGUCACCACCAUCCUGGGGAACCUUCUCAUCAUCAUCCUCAUCAGCCUGGACUCCCACCUCCACACGCCCAUGUAUUUGUUUCUCAGCAAUUUAUCCUUCUCUGACCUUUGCUUCUCGUCUGUCACAAUGCCCAAAUUGCUGCAGAACAUGCAGAGCCAAGUCUCCUCCAUCCCCUAUGCCGGCUGCCUGACCCAGAUGUACUUCUUCCUGUUUUUUGGAGACCUGGAGAGCUUCCUCCUGGUGGCGAUGGCCUAUGACCGCUAUGUGGCCAUCUGCUUCCCUCUGCACUACACCACCAUCAUGAGCCCCAAGCUCUGUCUCUCCCUGGUGGUGCUGUCCUGGGUGCUGACCACGUUCCACUCUAUGUUACACACUCUGCUCAUGGCCAGAUUGUGGUUUUGUGCAGACAACACAAUCCUCCACUUUUUCUGUGAUAUGUCUGCUCUGCUGAAACUGGCCUGCUCUGACACUCGUGUUAAUGAGUUGGUGAUAUUUAUCAUGGGAGGGCUCAUUCUUGUCAUCCCGUUCCUGCUCAUCAUCAUGUCUUAUGUGCGGAUUGUAUCCUCCAUCCUCAAGGUCCCUUCUGCCAGGGGCAUCCACAAGGCCUUCUCCACCUGUGGCUCCCACCUCUCUGUGGUGUCUCUCUUUUAUGGGACAAUUAUUGGUCUCUACUUGUGCCCAUCAACUAAUAAUUCUACUGUUAAGGAGACUGUCAUGGCCAUGAUGUACACUGUGGUCACCCCCAUGCUGAACCCCUUCAUCUACAGCCUGAGGAACAGAGACAUGAAGGGAGCCCUGGGAAGAGUCUUUUGGAAAAAUAAAAUAUCUUUCUCUCUAAAGUGGUAA